GUAUAGUGAGUGACCGGACGGACGGACACGACAUAGUGAUGGCCGCCACUAACGGUGCGGCCGACGGCGCCGUUGCCUUCAAAAACGGCAAUUUAGUCAGACUUUUGUUAAGAGAUUUUAUGACGUAUAAGAAGGUGGAGAUGAAGGCGGGACCCAAUUUGAAUCUAGUGUUGGGUCCGAACGGAACGGGAAAAUCAGCGCUCGUUUGCUCUAUAAUUAUCGGUUUGGGAGGCGAGCCGUCGACCACCGGUCGCUCCGGACAUUUGGGCGAAUACAUUCGUUUCGGUUGCGAUUCAGCGCUCGUCGAGAUUGAGUUAUACAACGAGACUCCGAAAGCGAAGAACUAUCUGAUCCAACGGGUAAUUCAGGCCAAACAGAGUCACUCGUCCGGUAAGACAGAGUAUACGUCACACUUCAAACUGAACGGCAAGGACUCGAACCGAACGCAUGUCCGCGAAUUCACGCGACAGUUGAACAUAAAUGUAGACAAUUUGUGUCAAUUCCUGCCUCAGGAACGGGUGGUUGAGUUCGUGAAGAUGGACCGCAAGACACUACUCGAGUGCACGGAGAAGGCGGCCGGCGAUGAGCAC